GUUUCACCGGCUUACUUAGGAGCGCGCGCGGAGAAAAGCGACGUCAGUUCGCAGGGGCGAUUUGCCGAGAGCGCAGACGAGCGGGCCCGAGUCCGCGAAAGUUUUACACCCGAGCGAGACACACGCGAGCGGCUCUCUUUGCGCGGGAUCGAAGAUGGAGAACGCGUUCGCCGAUCGCGAUGUUCUCCACGCGGUGACUAAAAGGAGGCUCCUCUGACGCGCGAGUAAAAGAGAAACUGACGAGACGAGAGGGCGAAGGGAGCGUGCAAAGGGGCGAGAGUUCGGGAGUAGGACGUUAUUCCUCGGAGUGUCGGAGUUGAACGCUGGUGAACGCGAGUGCCGCACGAUGGAUUAGAAACGCUGAUACGAGCUGAUGCAGCGGACUAAUUAAUAAUUAUCUCGGUGCAGCGCGAGGGUAAUUACGAAGAGAGUUAAUUACGAGAUCGUCCUAUCGUAAUCGACUGUUGUUUUUUUUUCUACGACCCGGCGUGAAUCUCAAUACUGAUUCGACGGAUCAGGAGUUGAGCGCGCAACUCGCCUGCAUGGUUCUUGAGGGUAUCCUAAGUUUGUGCAGUCGGAAGAACGCGGUCUUCGUUAUUCUGUGCGCCCUGGUGAUUUACGUGCACCUGAUCGCGAAGGGCUACGACACGGAGUGUCACAUCGGCGAAAGGGGAUCGCGGUGUCGCGAGGACAGGGCAUUGAGGUUCCUGAUCGGCCUGUAACUAUGCAGAGGGUGUUCACCGUGCUCGCGCUCAUCGCAUUCGCGUGUGACAUCUCGCGCGACGUUCUGGUCCACGGCGAUCUCGCGAGGAAGCCGGAAGCUGCGGGACGGAGCGGCGGCGGCUAUGACUACCAGACGGAACCGCGCGGACAGCCGGACGUCGCGGAAGUGCCGCAGAGUUCCGCGGAAGUUCGCGAGCGAUCGAGCGAGCCUCCCGUAGGCAAGUGGAGGAGCAACGGCGAGGCCCUCGAGCCGAAGUGGCGCGACGGCGACUCCGUACCUCUGCUACCGUUCGCCGACUACCGGUCGUACGCGAGGGACGAGGUCGAGGAUGUUGAGCAGGAGGACUCGCCGGCGACGAGUCGCCGACCGUUCAAGUAUCAUUACGCGAUCGAUCAACCGGAUCGUCCUCGAGAAAGCCCGGCCAGGCGACUUCCGCCUGCGGACGGUCACGACCGCGAGGCCUCGUACCGAGGUCGGGACUACGGGAAUCCCGACGAGGAUUAUCCGCGCAAGAGACGUCGCCCGCCGAAGAAUCCGACGUUCUACGAGGAGACGAUCGACGGCGCGGCGAGCAGCGACGGGAAGCGCGGUCGUAACGUCGUCGACGGUUCGUUGAACGACCGGGAGGCCACCUGGAGGUACCGCGAGGCCUUCCAGGCUCGUCCCAACGAGUACGAGCACGAGUUCAGCGACGAGGAGUACCUGAGGCCGCGCCCGAGGAAGCGGCGGCCGCCGCAGAACUACGAGUUCGCUCUGGCGAACGAGGCAGCGUCCAACGACGGGGACGAGGAGUCGAGGGGUCCCCCACGAAGUCCGUCGACGGAGUCGUCCGACAAGCAGCGAGAGAACGCGCUCGAGUUGAAGUCACUUCUGAAGAUGCAGCAGGAGGAGGGCUCGAGCCUGUCGGAGAUACUGCAGCGCAGAAAUCUGACCCUGAGCGACCUCCUCAAGGGGAAAGCCGACGUGAUCAACGCCCUGAAAUCGAGGAUCGCCGACGAGUCCGACGAGUACAUCGAAGAGAUGUCGAGGGUGAUGUCCGACUCGCUGAUGAAGCUCGCCGCGACGGUAACACCGCUCUGGGGGACCACGCAAGCGUCCGCGACGUUCGAAAGUACCACGCUGAGCACUACGACCUCGGGCGCGAUUCCGGACAGCUCGGCAUCGAAGGUGACAGCCGCCACGGACGGAACGAGCGACCUCGAGGAGACCUCCGGCGAGGAGUCGGGAGAGGCCGAGAAGAUGACGCGAUCCGCGCAGAAUUCCUCGUGGCUGCGAGCCCCGACGACUCCCCUGACGCUCUCGACGAUCACCACGUCGACGUCGCCGCCGCCGCCGAUCGCGGUCAACUCCGCGGAGUACUUCCUCAACGACGACGGCAACGCGGAAUCGACGAGCGACCACGCGGCCAGGCUCGAGAGCCUCGACGAGGACGAGAUCAUGGAGUUCUCGGACUUCACGGAUUUCAAGAAGGGAAAGAGCUCGGCGGCGCCGGUCUGGUCGAGUCCGCCGAGCGAGAGGAUCGUCUCGCCGCAAGCGCCUCGCGACACCGAGUCCACCUUGAGCAUCGAGCAGAUUCUCAAUCCCACGGAGCGGAUCAAGCCGGCGGAUGGUCGUGAGAACAAUCGGGAUGACGACAUCGGUAAAGAUGAUAGAAAAACGAUUCGGGCUGGCGGCCAAUCAGUUCCCAUCGGCGUGCCCGGCGCGGAGGAUUACAACACGUUCAUGGAGGCAGAGUAUCAGAGCGACGCUCCGAAGACGCUCGAGGACGUUGGGAAAUCAAGUGGGACAAAGGAUCACUCGGGUAAAUUUGACGCCGCUGUGGGCCGGGUCGAGAAGAAACAGACCGCGAAUUCGGCUGAUGACAGGAGGGAGCCGCGCGACAAGAAUCACUCGGCCGAGUAUCAUCAGGUGAUUCGAUCGCCGGGAGAGAGGACUCGUGAUCGCGCGCCGGAGAACCAUCGGGACACGAGGCGCUACGAGGAGGUCGUCUCCGAGAUCGAGCCGGAGGCGCGAGCGGAGAUCUUCGAGCUGUUCGCGUCCGGCUCGGCGGGCAAGCGGCUGGAGCGUCUUCUCAAGUCGAGGAACAUGAGCGUGGAGGAGCUGAUUGCCCUGCGUCAGCGGGGCUCCAGCAAGGUUCACUUGACGGAGGUGUCGCGACUGAGGGUGUCCAAGCCGAAGAACCAACCAGCCUCGGGAAGCUCCAACAACGAGGAGACUGUCGCACCACUCUCGUCCACGGGCGACUCUAGCAGACAUUUCAGCGAGGGUAAGACCUCGGAAAAGGAAGACGCGAAGCAAGAAGAGACGAUUAAUCGAUUCAGAGACAUCAUGAGCUACCUACACGACCCGUUCUUCGACAAAGACGUGGAGAACAUGUCGAUGUCGAGACUGUUGGAUCUCGUCGAGCGCGACAGAAACGCGCAAGGGGAAACGACGUACCCGGAGAACGACACGCUGAACGGACGUAUCGAUGGGCUGGAGAAUCCCCGUCGAACGGUGCAGAUCGUCGACUUGCUGACAACAUUCGGUUCCCUGCCUUUCGCCAAGGACGUGCAGCGGCAGUUCGAAGCUGAAAUCGAUGCCAACGAACGCGAACUAGAAGUGAGGCUUCCGGUAGGUAACGAUAACGCGAGUGUAGUGGUGAUCGACGGGGAGGAGAAGACUCUUCGAUCGGACAACUCGAGCAAAUUCCACGCGGGAUACGUCGAGGAGGUCGUCAAGGAGGAGCCGAACGUCAUCGAUGUAAAAACGACGGUGUACGGCGAGACGGCGAGCGGCGCGAACGGCGGCGAGGAGAAGAAGACCCUGUCGAGGGUGAAGCCGAGCAUAAUAGCGAGCGGCGCGAUCCUGGGCGUGACGAUCGUCGUGUUCCUGGCGAUCUUCAUCGUGUGCCGGAUUCGGCAGAAGCAGAGGUACACGUACAGAAACACGUUCUCACGCGCGGUGUUCCAGGGCCCGGUGAUGGCGGCGCGGAAGCUGUCCAACUCCAGCAGCCUGAGCGCCGUGAUGGUGAACGUCGUCGCCACGUCGACGACCAAGAGGCCCGAGAGAACCGAGACGCAGGAGGCCGUGGAGGAUUUCGACGGCAAGAGCGAUAUGGACAACGACUCGUUAGACGCGAACGAUAGUUGGGAGACGAUACCCGAUUACGCCAAGUAACUCAUCGCCGGCACAAUUGCACGAUCUAGUCUAUUAGUUUGGCGCAGAUGGUACGUACAUCGGCUUUAUUUAUUAAGUGAAGCAAAAGCUGUGUUAAUUUUCAAUCCAGUCCUAGUUUCAUAGUAACGUUUACUUUGAACGAAAUUAUUACCGUGAGUUCCUUGUGUCGUUUUAAAAAGUGUUUUCAGUUUUACCUUCGAAACUUUUUGCAAUUAUUUAAACCAAUAGAGACACGUGUGAACUUGUUGCGCCAAUCUAAUAGAAAACUGCCAGUAUUCUCGCAUAUACUUAUCAAGGAUGAGUUAUACCUCGAAGGCUGAUUGAAUAAAGAGAGCUACAUUGAUCGUCAAGUUACUCGUCGCGUUAUUUCACUGAGAAGAAAGUAAACCAGUUCCAUAGUAUGUAUAUACGUGUUUGUUUAAAUUGUAAUCAAGCAAUACGAAAUUACGAAAAAAAAAAUGCAGUUGAAAUAUGCAGUUAAAUUAUUCUCUAAACAAGAUCUUUCAGACAAUAACUGAGCAUCGUAAAAUUGCUAAGCUAUUUUGCUGAACUUCCAUGCUUAUAAUAUAUAAGAUGUAUUUAUUUAUAGGUUUAUAUAUAUAUGUAUAUGUGUUGUAAGAGUUAAAUUUUAUAAAUAAAACUGUAAAUGUCAUUCAAGUCUCGAUCGCGUUUGUAAUUUCACCCAUCCCUGUUUAAAAUUAAUUACAAUUUAAUUGUUCUAAUUAC